GUUUAUCGCAUUUAAAUACCGGGCGUGUAGUAGCGUGGUCAACUGUAGAACAAAUGAUUCAGUGUUGUGUUUAUUGCAGACGUAGUAACUGUGUGAAGCUUUACGAUCUUUUACGUCCCGUAAGAAGUAAAAAUAUUUCUCAAGUGUAACAGAAAACCUGGACUCGUUUUAAUUGAACGCUAUUAAAUUCAAUGUUUUAUAAUAUAAUAAGUGUGUGAUAGUAAUUUUUGAAUUUUGCUACAAAAAGGUUUUAUGAAGACAAUACGAUGGCGGCAUUCAACGUGGUCAACGUGGUGUUAGGAUGCGUCAUGGCGCUUCUUAUUAUAUUAUUUACAAUCAGCUCUAUCGCCAGGUACUACAUAAAGUUCAUCCUGUUCGUGGUUAUGUCAAUGAUAUUUGCAACAGCCCCAGUACCUUUGAUGCUUCUAAAACCGUUUGACCCAAGGAACGCUUUGAUACCAGCCGCUUUACUCAAGAUGUCCUCUUGGAUACUCGGCAUCCGAUGGAAGGUACGAGGGCUGGAGAACGUAGACAACUCUAGGGGAGCAGUCGUCUUACUGAAUCACCAGAGUGGAGUCGACCUAUAUGUGUUGGCAGUGUUAUGGCCCCUAAUGGCGAGAUGUACAGUGGUGUCGAAAAAAAUGAUAAAGUACAUUGUGCCAUUCGGGACAGCGGCGUGGCUUUGGGGCACGGUGUUCAUUGAUCGUGGCGCACAGUCUGGCCGCGACGCUCUCAACAAACAAACAGAAGCUGUAAGAGAUCACAAGCGUAAAUUACUGCUGUUCCCGGAAGGGACGAGGCACUCUGGAGAUAAACUUUUGCCGUUCAGAAAGGGUGCCUUCCACGUGGCUGUGAAUGCCGGCGCUCCCAUACAACCAGUGGUUGUCUCCAAAUAUCAUUUCCUGGAUUCAAAACGUCGACGUUUCGGGUCAGGUGAGGUCAUCGUAACAAUAUUACCACUGAUUGAGACCGAGGGUAUUACGAAGGAUGACAUUCAAUCGUUGGUAGAUCAGACUCAAAUUAAAAUGCAAGAGGAAUUCACGAGGACGUCGGCGGAGACGGCUUCAAGACGAAACACUCGUAUUAAGGCUGAUUAAUUAAGAUACCUGUUGAGAAGUUUGUUACUAUUAGGAUCUAACAAAUAGAAA